CGGAGGGGCGGGAAGCGGGGGAGUUGACAUUCGUUGGCGUUGCAUAAGAGAGCGUGCCGAACCGAAAUGAACCGUGCGUCCACGCAGUCUCGUUCGGCGGUGGGCGGAUUCAUGUAUUAUUCGUUGUCUUCCUCAGUUGGGUUCAUCUCAAGUUCUUCGUCUCAAACUGCCACGUAAGGCGACGACUCGAAGCAUCACCCAACCGCAUUCUACAAUCUCCUCUCCGGCCUGAACGGGGAUGGCGGCGUGGGGUCCGAAGCUUGGGCUCCGCUUCCCGGGGGUUCGGUCGGACGUGCCCGUUGUCGCGGGACCUCGCGCCAUCGCGUUCGCAUCAACGACCACAGCUAAACCCAAUUGGGGCAUUUUGAGCUUGUCAAAUGGUGGUGUGGUGGUGCACUGAAGCGGAUCCGGCGUUUCCCCUGCCGAACAGUCCCUGUUUCAGAAGAUGCUCAACCAUCUGUGUUUCUCCAAUGCCAACCUCAGUCUGGCUGAUGAACAUUUGGCUAAGGGGCAGCGGGGAAGAUGCCUCAAGACUGUCACAGGACAGGGGUCAGCACCACCACAACGUUUCUGGAACCACACUCAGAUCAAGAGCCUCACGGGUGAUCCCCUGCGCGUGCUCUCCGACGUCUUGUCCUCGUCCAGCCAAUGGCAGCUCGCCCAGAACCCCUACUGUCGUCCAUCAAACCACUGCCAACCAUCAUGCUGCCCGUGCUGA